UGCGACCAUCAAGGCACGCAUUGCAGGAGAGAUCGUGCAUUGGGAAAAUUCACGGCGGAGGAAGCGCAUAGUGAACUUGCCGCUUUGGAAGAACGACGCUUUCUUUGUGCACAGAAAUUAAAGUGCACAUCGAUCUAGGGUUGAGGUGCAUUUCUCUACGAGAUCUAUUUUUUUAUAUUCGGUCAGCACAUCUGUUGUUUUUAUGUUUUUGUGCUCACAUAGCUAGCUACUCCCAUUGAAGGAAAAGCAGAAGUUACAACUUGCUUGGCUUGUUGCUGCGGGGCUGGCUGUUCCUGCUGGAAUGUCGCAGAAAGAGAGACCCACUUUCUACCGUCAGGAGCUCAACAAAACGAUAUGGGAGGUCCCGGAACGCUACCAGAAUUUGUCUCCAGUGGGAUCCGGCGCUUAUGGAUCCGUGUGCUCCUCGUAUGAUGUGAAAACGGGCCUGAAGAUCGCGGUGAAGAAGCUCUCCCGGCCAUUCCAGUCCAUCAUCCACGCCAAGCGGACGUACCGGGAGCUGCGCCUGCUCAAGCACAUGAAGCAUGAGAAUGUGAUUGGUCUGCUGGAUGUCUUCACGCCCGCCACAAGCCUGGAGGAGUUCAAUGACGUAUAUCUGGUGACUCAUCUGAUGGGGGCUGACCUCAACAACAUCGUCAAGUGUCAGAAGCUCACUGAUGACCAUGUGCAAUUCCUCAUCUACCAGAUCUUGCGGGGGUUAAAGUACAUCCAUUCAGCAGACAUCAUCCACAGAGACCUGAAGCCCAGCAACCUCGCUGUCAAUGAAGACUGUGAGCUCAAGAUCCUGGAUUUUGGGCUGGCACGACACACGGAUGAGGAGAUGACGGGCUACGUGGCGACCCGGUGGUACCGUGCCCCAGAGAUCAUGCUCAACUGGAUGCACUACAACAUGACAGUGGACAUCUGGUCUGUUGGCUGCAUCAUGGCCGAACUGCUUACUGGACGGACGCUGUUCCCUGGCACGGACCAUAUAAACCAGCUUCAACAGAUAAUGCGGCUGACGGGAACCCCUCCCGCCUCUCUAAUAAGCAGGAUGCCCAGCCAUGAGGCCAGGAAUUACAUCAACUCCCUGCCACACAUGCCCAAAAGGAACUUUGCAGAUGUUUUCAUUGGGGCAAACCCAUUGGCUGUGGACUUGCUGGAGAGGAUGCUGGUCCUGGACACUGACAAGCGAAUCACGGCGUCAGAGGCGCUGGCCCACCCCUACUUCGCCCAGUACCACGAUCCAGAGGACGAGCCUGAGGCCGAACCCUAUGACCAGAGCUUUGAGAGCCGGGAGCUCGAGAUCGAGGAAUGGAAACGACUAACGUAUGAGGAGGUGAUCAGCUUCGAGCCGCCGGUCCUCGACGGAGACGAGAUGGAGUCCUGAGGAGCGGAGUCAGCUUUCCACCAUUCCCAUCAGCCCCCCCUGCGGCACUGAGGCCUCGCGCCUCUGGACCUUUAAUAGUUAUUUCAAGUGCCUGCCGCCAUUUAUUGCCGGGUUCCCUGUGGGUCCAUGGGGCGAAGGCAUCUCUCACUUUGACUUCUCCCCCCUCCUGCUUGCAGUUGGGUGUUGUGGGUAAAACACUUUGCUUCAGUCUCAGGACUGGGACAGGACUUUUUACAGAGGAAAAGGAGAAAACUGUUGUUUGUAUUCCGUGUUUUUACAGAUUCUUAAAAAUCACAGGCAGAAUACUAUUGCUGCUUUUACUCUCUUUUUUGCUGUGGGGGGGGGGAUGCAUUUCAGUAUUCAAAGGGGAAAGACAAGCAAACCAGUUCAACCAAACAACCAACCAGUACUUCAUUGGUGCAGUGAUUUUAAAAUUUUCAGUGUGUGGCUUUAUCCCUCUGCAUGGGGGGAUUUGUCUCUUAUAACUCUUACAACAUUACUGAGCAUCCGAUGGAUUGGCAUAGAUAUGAGCUUUUGCAGACGUAAGUGAGGGCCACACAGAAUGAUCAUCAGCAUUCAUGUCAUCAUCAGCGGAUGCACUACCUGGGAGCUCCUAUGAAGGACACUAGAGCUGCGUUUCCACUGAUAUAUACUAUACCUGAGGCAAGCUUGUAGGCCUUUCCACAGAAAAUUGAUCCAGGCCAAAAAACUCA